UCUACCUCGACUCCAAAGUCCAAAGAAUUUACAAAAAGAAAAAUAGUGACAAAAAGGAACAAGGAGAAAGAACUGAAUACGAAAAGAGCAUAGAGUUCUUUCAGUUCGUCACAUUAUCUCUCUCUCUCUCAUUGUAAAAUGGAAGGGCUAGAGAAGCUAGAACAAGUUCAGAGGAAUAUUCAUUUGCUUCAUUCAGUUGGAGUUUCCGAUGCCAACCCCGACGCCGAACGCUUCCUCGCUGAUUUCACCUCUUUUCUGAUGCAAGAUUGUGGUGAGCUUGAUGUCUCAUUGAAAUGCCAAUUGAUUACUAAACACAUGUCAAAGGUAGUGGAUUUAUUAAUCUCGGACGCAACGCAACCUUCUAAGAAAGGUUGCAGCCAGAUUAAAAAUCUUCAUAGCGAUGACAAAACAAAUCCGGAUCCUGUGCAGAGCCUCCAUUCUGAUGUUUAUGUAAUUGGGAUAGAUGCAAUGAUACGCUCUAAUUCAACUCUUGAGGAUUUUUGCAGAUCAUAUUUUGUGUUUCACAAAAUGGACGCAAACCAGCCGCACUCAAUUUUUAAGAACCUACCUAUGCUUUCAUUCACAGAAAGUUAUAUUUAUCAGUUGGAUGACUUAAAUGAGAAACUCCUACAGCUGCCAACGGGUGAAGUUUCAAGUUCUACUGAAGGCUUUGAGGACGAUGAGCCAAGCCCAUGUGCUAAUUCUGUACAAGUGUUCGAAAAGAAUCCGUUUAGACCACUCUUUAGGGUACUAGAACGCUAUGGGCUUCUGACAGAAAGGAUUAAAGAAGAGUUGAGAUAUGGUGAAGAAUAUUGGCAUCUGGAAAGAAAGCUUUGCUGUGCACUGGCGAGAAACAAGGAGAUAUCAAUUGAGGAUGUCACGAGGGCCAUUCAUCUAAAAUCUUUUGAUUAUCGGGUGCUGAACCUUCUGUUAUAUCAACUAAGAGGUGAAAAGGUAAACGAACUGCAUAUGGAAUUUCUCUCAGUCUCAGAGUUGCUUGUUGAAGUAUCUGAUGAUCUGUUUGAUUAUGAGGGUGAUGUUGCCGAGAAUAGUUUCAACAUUCUUCGCAUGUUUGUAAAAUGCUAUGGGGCUUCUGCAGCGCCAAUCAUGCUGGCGCAAUUCAUUUCUGAAGUGGAAGAAAAGUAUGAUCUAUUAUUUAAAGCAUUAGAUCAAGAACUGUCGGUGAAGUACCGUGAAAGAUGUGAAGAAGCUACAAGGGAAGGUGGAAAGACAUGCGGCCCUUCUCUUGGAACAUGGCACAUUCCACCAGUUAUUGAAGAUGAAGCUGAAUAUCGAAGACGAGCUGUUUCAUCUAAAGCUCGAUCAAUGGCGGAUUUGAGUUUCUAAAAUGGUGUUAACCAUUUUAUGUUGGCCACCUAUCAUCUCUGCAUUCGAAGCUCGUUAGCCACCUACAUUAUCUCUGCCAGUACUGUUGUGGAAGACUAUGCUAAUGUUGAAGAUGAUUUUAUGUUACUUUUUGCUCGAGAAGUGCAGAGUUUAGUUCGAAUAUGUGCGAUUUUGCAUUAUUUGGUGUCAAAAUAUAUUGGUUUUCAGGCUUUGUUUGCAAGUAUUUGGAAGCAUGGUUAGUUGAGGGAACUUGUUUUUGCCGUGUUUGGUCCAUUUAAGUUAUUGGUUUGUUAUUUUCCAAAA